AUCAUGAAUUACAGAUUUAAUUGGAUUCAAAGCAUCAUAUUUUCAUGAAAUUUUCUAUAUACAGAAUACUAUAUUGGUACCGCCGUAAUAUCUGAUGGUUGGGUGAAAAUUAUUGUCAAUCAUUUGGAGGUUAAUAAGAAUAGAAUGCCUAAAACUACGCCGUUUUAAUACACGGAACUGAACGGAUUUCGAAAGCUAACGAGAGUGAUUCGUUCGGUCACGGGAAUGCAAAUUUGAGUACGAUUUCAAAUUUGUAGGUGUCGUAAACUUCUGUCUGAUAGAUUGGCCGAAAACGGGUCGUCAAAACAUUUGCAUUCAUUUCGUUAGCCACCGUUCAUAAAACCAAUUACCGGUACCUGUUUUACCUUGCACUAUUGACACUAUGAUCAAGGGUGGUAAAUCACAAAUGAAAUAUCAAAUUGCAUAUUUCAGACCAUGGCAGUGAGUGUAUUAAGACGAAAGCGAAUAAUUGCGGUUAUAUUCGCUGUCUGUCUUAUAACUGCACUGUUUUUGUACAAGAAAAGCGUACGAGAGACAUGGCAUGGUAAUGAAGUAGGAGGAUCUAAAAAUAUCGACUUUUCACGGUAAGAUAUGUACUGAUUUUAACUUGAAAGUUCCGCUUCACUCACUCCUUGUCCUUGAGUAUAUUAUUAAAACGCCGCUUUGCUUUCUUUUGUCGCUAUAUAUAUAUAGCAUCAUGCUUUGCAAUGUCAAUAAUUGUAGUGAUAUCAAUAAUUGGGGUUAAGACUUAAAUUCGGCGCUGCGAAAUAUUCAGUAUACGAGAACAGUACAGAUUAAGUUUUAUUUUGCAAGUAAAGCAUGCCGACGACGCGUUUCAAAGUACAGGCAAUCUUUGACCAAUACUUAGCCAUUAGGCUGAGUAAUAAUUAAUAAUAGUUACACUGCAAAUCUUCAGAGUCAAAGGGAGUAUAGCUUUGUACGGCUAAAGGAGUUUUGAAUAACUAGGUCUAGCUGGUAUUUACGCCAAGACGAAAAAAAUUGUUAUAGAUUUUCGGUAUAUCUUUACUUUAAUAAUUUAAGCAAGGGUCAUGUGUAUAAUCUUUAGACGCUUUUAAAGCUUCCUGUGCAUAAUUAAACUAACACAUGUGUUUAUUCAUUAUGUAUGUGAUCAAACUAUUUGCAUUUUCUUAAUUGCCAUGCAAUAAGACGGAGACAUUAAUAAUUCAUGAGUGUGCCGGCGGUUUUAUAUACGAUAAAAAUUUGUAUGUUUAGUACUAAACAUACGAGUUUGCAUACAAAAUAAUUAUGCAAAUACAUCUGAUCUGUUUAUUGCUUUCUUUUAAUACCGGCACAUGUGAGGAAUACAUCUACUCGUACACAUAGUUCAUGUUGACUAUUCGGUGAUCGAAAGCUCUUAAAACGUCGCCGCACACUUGGGGGAACUUGCUUACGCCUUGCCCAUGGUCACGAGUGAAUUUUUGCACAGCAGAUACCAAUCUCGUAACCAGACUCUGGGUACGAGAUUGCAAAGAUAUUGGUGAAGUCGAAAUACUUCAUAUUUCCGUGUCCAUUCUUAGUGCUAUUUUCAUGCAACUGUCCAACUCGUACUUAUAUUAUGAAAUAGUCGCACUAGGUCUUGCAAAUUUGAGAACAGUUUUGAAUUCAUUCCGUAUCGGAGUUUAAAGCGAUACACUUUGCAAACAUAGUUUCAUAACCGAAUGUUGAAAACAAAUUAUUACAAUAUAAGGUUUAAGUUGAGGUAAGCCGGUAAGGUAAAAUACUCGCUCGUUUGCAUUUGUAGACUCAUAAUGUUAUUUUGUAGGCUUGAUUUGUCCAAUGAACCGGAAACGGAAAUAACUACAAUUCCUUUUCCAACCAAAAUAUAUUCUGUGAUUGAACUUGAGGAUGAAGAAACCAGUGACGAUCAAGAUGAAGAAACAACACAAGAUGGAAUCAAAAUGGAAGAACGGGAAAAUUAUGAGAAAGAGGAGAUGUUUGAGGCUGCAGGAGGAGCAAGUAUGGAUGACAAUAUGAUGGAAACAAGAGUUGGAGUAGGAAAAGAAAGAAUAAAUAUUAAAAUAGGAGAAAGGAUAGCAAGUAGUGAACAAAGUGCAGAGGGCGGACGUGACAAUAAAGAUACGACUGGUAGAGAUGAAAUGGAAAAAGGAAUGAGAAAUAUUGAAGAUGAAAAGCAGGCUGGUGAUAAGCUGGAACAAAGAAUUGAGAAUGAAGAUUGGGAAUUUAAAAAUGGAAAGAAAAACAUGGAUGAAAACAAGAUAGAAAGAAAGGAAGAAAUUAAAGAUAGCAGGCAGGAAAACAAGAUGGAAGGAACGGUGGAAGAAAGUAAAGAUGAGAUGAAAGGAAAAUCAACUGAAGAUCAAGAAGCGACAAAAGAAAGAAAGAAUGAACCUCAUAGGGAUGAAUCUCGUAGAAUGGAGGAAUCGCGUAUGAGGGACAAAACUCGUAUGCGAGAUGAAUCUAGUGUAAGGGACGAAUCUCGUAUGAGAGGUGAAAGAGAUGAUUCAGUAGAUGUGCAUGACGACAGAAGACAACCAAAUGUAUAUACUGUCAUGACCGGUUAUGUGAGGUCGACAGCGAAACCCAUAAGACCACUGAGUCCAACUCAAUCCGUUCAAAGAGGAUUGGUUUUGAAAACUUCUACAGUUAAAUCGAAACCCACCAUGCAAGCUAGUACCGAAACUCAUAGGGACAAAUCUCGUAGAAUGGAGGAAUUUCGUACGAGGGACAAAACUCGUAUGCGAGACGAAUCUAGUGUAAGGGACGAAUCUCGUAUGAGAGGUGAAAGAGUUGAUUCAUUAGAUGUGCAUGACGACAGAAGACAAUCAAGUGUACAUACUGUCAUGACCGGUUACGUGAGGUUGAGCACGAAACCCAUAAGACCACUGAGUCCAACUCAAUCCGUUCAAAGAGGGUUGGUUUUGAAAUCUUCUACCGGAACUCGUUCUAGUGCUAAAACGACAAUUCCAAAUGCUAGAACGACAAAAGCCACUUGGGUUACCAAGACGACCGAAAUGAAUAACCCACGUUUGGAAAAAAUAAGACAACCUAGAAGGAAAGCCGAAACGAAUCCACCCACUGUUAAGCAAAGUCCUCCUAGGACACAAACCAAUUCUACAAAGGAACCUCUUGCAUGCAAGAUACCCGCAUUAGACCCAUUUCAUCCACACGUCUUACGUCUACAGAAAAACGUUGGCACAAACCUAAGAAAGAUCUGUCGAAGCAUGUACCCAUAUACCCCUGCAUUCAAAGUAAACAACAAUAAACUGGUAUUGAAAAAGAACGUUAAAGAAGCGAGCAUAGUUAAAAGCUCUAUCAAACUUCAAGAGAUAAGAAGAUUGAGCGACGAGAAUUUUAGGUAUAAGAAGCCUAGAAACCCUUUUAAUGGUUUGUCAAAUCUAUACAAAAGUAAUGAUAUUGGACAGUCAGAUUUUUUCCGUUUGGAGUAUAAAAUUGAUGAACGAUGGGCGUCUGACUUAUAUGCCCGCGUUUCGCCAAAACUUGAUGUUCUGGAAAGACAAACAAAGCUCGCGAGACAAUUUCGCGAGAAAGGACUGCCAUUGAAUGUGCUCAUUAUCGGUCUUGAUUCUAUUUCUCGAGCAAAUUUUAUACGAAAACUGCCACGAGUGAAAUCAUUCUUAGAGACGAAGUUGAAUACUUAUUUCAUGGGAGGAAUGUCCAUAGUCGGCGAUGCGACCACGCCUAUACUGACCGCAAUGCUCACUGGGAAGGAUGAAACAAUGUUGCCUGAAGGACGGACCUCGUUUGGGGGGUAAGUGUGGUUAUAUAAACGUGGGGUCGGUUGUCCGAAGGCCUGAUAGCGUUAUCUCCUGGAUAGUGAUUUUUCAACUGAUGUAAAAAUGGACCUCACAAUAGACAACUUGCAUGUCAGACUAAUUUUUUAUCUAGGCAAAAACAAAGUAAAUUCACGUAAUGAAUUUAUUAAAAUUAAUAAAAUUGCAAAAUUUGGUUACCAAGUGUUGUGAAAUAGGGAAAAUAUAGCCUUGCGAAAUUUGCAUAUUUUGUAUAUGUUUGUAUCAUGGAUAAUAAAAUAAACAAGUUUAUAAAUAAAUAAGUUUAUUUUAUUAUCCAUGGUUUGUAUUACGUGCAAAUUUUUAGUUUUCAAUAACAUUUAACUUUAUUAACUUUAAUAUUUUUCAAUGUUUUUCAAAUAUUCGCAACCACUUUAAGCAAGUUUAGCUAUUUGGUCUGCUUAUCUUGUAAAAUUUUUAUCUGUUGACGGUUUUAUGUGUUUUUUAAAACUGACAAUUCUCGUCGCGUUGCCGAAUCGCAUCCGGUCUGUAUGGGCCUUAAAUAUGUCACGCACAUCACAAUAGACCUUACCGAUUAUUCUCUUUUACCCAAUGGCCUCAUUUUCAUGUCAAAUACUUACUCAUGUUUUGUGCUUAGUAGGGUUGAAAAUUACUUUGUUAUUGAGCCUAAGAACAGCAAGAAACAAAUUCGUCCAGGGAACAUGGGAAUAUAAUCUUUAUCUGCCCCCGACAUACUAAAAUAAGUUAACAUGGAACGAGGCCAUUGGGUAAAAGAGAGUAAUCGGUUAGGUCUAUUAUUAUAUGGCUUCUCAAAAUUUUCUAUUCUGAUUGGUUGACAAGCGGUCCGUAAAAACCUAUAUCCGGACCGUGGUCCGUAUUUUCCGUAUCUUCCGGUGUCCCGGAUGUCGUUUAUCUGGCGGGAAAUUUUUGCUUUGCAAACAGGAAUUUUUUUUGCUUUUUAAUUUUCCAAUUGUGCUUUACCUGUAAAACAAAAUUGUUUUUGAUUGAGCAUGCAUGACUACCGUAUAUUGUUACCCAGUGAAACUGACGAUAGCCGAUUUAAUUCGCGCGAAAAGCAUAUGCCCACAGACUCAGUUCAGCCAUAUAAUAAACCGAUUAUUGACCUCGCUUGUUCGGUCUGUACUGUGAAAUAUCAGACCUCUGUUUUUUGCAUGGACCUCGCUCUUUCGUCGCUCGGUCCAUACUAGAAAACCUCGGUCUGAUAUUUCACAGUACACACCUCACGCUCGGUCAAUAAGCCGUUAUUAUCCAUUCCGAAGUUGAUGAGUAGACUGGGGACGAGUGUUAAAAAGUGCCCAAAUUAAGAAAUGAACCAAAUCACUAAAAAGACCACCUCAAACUUUGUAAGUAUACAAAGUUUGAAGACAUUUACAUGAAUAUCCUUCGAAUAAUAAACUUUCGAAAAUUGUGAAAUUACUGAUUAAAAGAUUGUUUUUGGGACGCGCGUCCCCCAAAACAAAAAUUACAGUACAUUCCACAGUAAAUAUGGCGAUUUUCGAAAGCUUAUUAUUCGAAGGGUAUUCAUGUAAAUGCAUUGAACUAUAAGUAAACUUAUAGAUCAAUAAGUUUACUUAUAGUUCAAUGUGUAAAUGUCUUCAAACUUUGUAUACUGACUAAUUUUGAUGUGGUCUUUUUAGUCAUUUGGUUUAUUUCUUAAUUUGGGCACUUUUUAACACUCGUUCCCAGUCCUCUCAUCAACUUCGGAAUGGCUAAUUGAGUAGAGCACUGUAAUUCUGGUGCUCUGACUACUGAGCUACCCAGUUAUGAAUAUAGAGUAAUGUGUCUUUCAGUAAACCCAUUGAUAAUUGGCCUUGGAUAAUGAAAGACUACGAACGACAAGGUUACAUGACACUCUAUGCAGAAGACGAUCCUAGUGUCAGUUCAUUUAACCUACGAUUAACGGGCUUCACCAACAGCCCCACCCAUCAUUACAUGCGACCGUUUUGGCUCUCCCUUGAGAGCGAGAACGAGAGAGACGAGCCAGGAAGAUGUUCGAAAUCUGAAUCUAUGGUGAACCACACAUUAAAAUACGUCAAGAGUUUUUUCCACGUUUACCCAACUUCAAGAAAGUUCGCUUUCGCUUUUCUUUCAUAUUUAGCGCAUGCGCAUCCGAACCAUCUGAGUUUUGCCGAAGAAGACCUGAUGUGGUUCCUGAGGACUUUUGUGGAUAGAGGAUAUCUUAACGAUACAAUGUUGGUUAUUAUGGGUGAUCAUGGAUCAAGGAACUCGGAAUACAGGGACACAAUGCAAGGGAAGUUGGAGGAGCGCUUACCCUGGUUUUCUGUAUCCUUACCUUCCGACUUUCACCGAAAGUUUGCCGACCUCGCUGCGAACUUGCGAAGCAAUCAAGACAUCAUUACGUCAUCAUUUGAUGUCCACGCAACAUUACGUCAUAUACUGACGUAUCCCAGUGUGCCAACCGGGGAACAGACACAAAGUUUGUUUGAGAGGUUGCCACGCAACAGAACUUGUAAGAAUGCUGGUGAGUUGUGAAUUUUGCAAUGUUAUUUUUUUGAUUUAUCAAUGUUUCUUUUUAUGUGGUGGAGACAGUAUGUUAUGUUAUGUUAUGUUAUGUUAUGUUAUGUUAUGUUAUGUUAUGUUAUGUUAUGUUAUGUUAUGUUAUGUUAUGUUAUGUUAUGUUAUGUUAUGUUAUGUUAUGUUAUGUUAUGUCAUAAUAUGGUAUAUAGAUGGUAUUGUAUGAAAUGUUAUAGUAUAUAAUGUUAUGGUAUAGUGUGGCAUUGUGUUGUAUAUGGUAUGAUAUAGUAUGGUAUGGUAUGGUAUGGUAUGGUACGCUGCGGUAUGGUGUGAUAUGGGAUGGUAUGGUAUGGUAUGGUAUGGUAUGGUACGGUAUGGUGUGAUAUGAUAUGGUAUCGUAUUCUCUGACAUAUUCGCGUCUUGCUUUAACUCAUAUUAGAUGGAUUUAGAAAAGACAACAAAACAAACACGACGUCGCGGUCUCAACUCGUCCAAUGUCGCCACAAGCAUUCACGUUGUUCCAAUGACGUGAAAAUCUUAGUUUAACGUUGUAUUCAGAAUGACAACGUUGUUGACGAUACUCCCCUGGGACCGCAAAUUAUUCAAACUUUUUGUUUUGCAUGAAGAAUUUCUUUUUCAGUUCGCGUUGUGUUGUCUAAAUCAGUCUAUUUUGGGUUUCAAGAAGGCAAUCAGUGGAUUGUGCUUUGUUUACAAUAUAUAAACUAUUUUGUGUUCAAUAUAUAGACCACAGUAAGACUUUUUUUAAAUGUUUAUUUCAUUAACAAACGACGUUUCGGAGAUUUACUCCAUCUUCAGGCAGUUAAUUGAAAUUGUAAUCCUAUUAACUACCUGAAGAUGGAGUAAAUCUUACUCAUGUGGUCUAUAUAUUGAACACAAAAUAUACUAUUAACAUGAGACUUAGGGAAAGUUCGUUCCUAAACAUUUUGAAGAAUAUAUAAACUAUUUUAGGUAUCGCUGAACACUGGUGCCCAUGUUUCCAAUGGUCGCCUACAGACAUCAACUCUAAGCAUGUGCAAAGCAUAGCUGUAUCAGCCGUCGCACUCAUCAACGAAAAACUAUCUAAAGUUCCACUUCUUCACGGGUCAUGUCAUAAGCUGUCAUUAGAGGGCGUCCUCCACGCUGUGACGUUACGACCAAAUAACAAAGUUCAAAAGUUUUACUCCACUGACCAAGACGGAGACCGGAGUGUGAAUUUUGCAGAGAGGACUCAAGAUUUAUUGCGGUAUCAAAUUAUUUUUAAAACCCAACCAAACCAAGCUAAAUAUGAGGUCACGGGACAUGUGUCACGGAAUCAAGUCGCGCUAAACCCAGAAAUCAGUCGUCUGAAUCGCUAUAACGAUCAACCUGCAUGCAUCGCGAAACAAUAUCCUUAUGCUAGAAAGUUUUGCUAUUGUAGGACGUCUGCAUAAAACUAUUUUUUGAGAGAUGGUUUGUACGAAAGUUGGAUGGGGCUAACCCCCGGAAAGGGAUAGUGCAGGGUUUUUCAACCUCGGUAAAAAUGCCUGAAAAGCUGUGAAACUAUACGGACCCCACCGCAGAUAUAGAAAUUAUAUUUUAUUAUAACCUAAUAUAUUUUUAUCAUACCAAAAAUAUAAUUUAUAUACAUACUAAAUGUUAAUCUGGUUUUUGAUCAAUCGAAGGCCAAAUUUAGAAGUCUUAAAAAAUAACGAGCAGUUCUUCAUGCUAUAGGUAACUUUUGCUAACCAGUUUACAUCAGCACUGGCAGGAGUUAGAGCUUUAUGGAGCUCAAAUAAUUCAGGCAAGUUCCUAUCAUCUUACUUUGUAGCACAGGUGACAGGUGAAUAGUUCAAACAAAUCGCUGUUUAAAGGCCAUGUUAAUAAUUUAAAGGCCCAUUUACAAUGAUA